AUGGCCAGCGAACACUCUUCCGAUGAGACGAGACAGUGCGCCAACGGAUUGGCAACUAUCAUCAACAGCAAUCACUGCGGGUAACCAACAAUCACGAGAAGAGUAUCAAAAUACAUCCAUCUUCCAGAAUCUUUAUCGAUACCGUCAUCGGCUCGAUUCUUAAAGUAUUCCAAGUCGCUUAUGGAUUCAUGCCCUCCUUCCAAAGCCCGGACAACCGGGAAACUAUGGCUCUUCAGAAUAUCCAGGCCCGCAUCCGAAUGGUUUUGGCCUACUUAUUUGCCCAAUUGGCCCUGGUCUCUCAUAAACGCCCCGGCGGUCUUCUGGUGCUCGGAACGGCCAAUGUCGAUGAAAGCCUCGUCGGCUAUCUGACUAAAUACGAUUGCUCUUCGGCUGAUAUCAAUCCGAUCGGAUCGGUGAACAAGGGAGAUCUCCGGAAGUUUCUGGAGAUUGCCUACGAAAAGUACGGAAUGACGGCGCUGAGAAGUGUCAUUGACUCGACUCCGACUGCCGAACUUCGGCCACUCGUCGAUGGAAAAGUGGCGCAGACGGACGAAUCGGAAAUCGGAUUGACGUACGACGAAUUGUCGGUUAUCGGAAGACUUCGGAAGCCGGGAGGCAUGGGACCGUACGGAAUGUUCCUCAAGUUGUUGCAACUCUGGGGAGACAAGUAUACGGUGGAGGAGGUAAGGAAAAGAAGCUGAGAAUGGGUUUAGCAGCUACUAAACUGAUCAAAGCAGCCCGGAAUUGCUUAAAUUUGUUCUAAUUCAACUAUUUUUGCAGAUCGAAGACAAGGUCCGAAAGUUCUGGUGGCGUUACCGUGUGAACCGUCACAAAGCGACCGUCUCGACUCCGGCUAUCCACGCGGAAAACUACAGUCCAGACGACCAUCGAAACGACCACCGUCCGUUCCUAUAUCCGGACUUUUCCUAUCAAUUCGAACGAAUCCGAGAGAAAGUGGAGGAACUGAAAAAGGAGGAGAAUAAGAACUAA